UAGACAGAAUUGUACCCCUCCCUCAUUCUUUUGCACAAACAUCAGUAUGCCUACGCACAAGUCCAGCUGUCAUGUGUUUACCUCUGAUUUCAGGAAAACCCAACAGGAAUGAAUUGACCAUAACGGUCCCAACUGAGGCAAGACAUUCUGUUUUUUUCUUCAGUGUUUUUUUGAGGAGUUUAUAUUCUAUAGAGUGUCAUCCGCCUCUUCGUGUGGACUUACCGCUCAUAAACCCCAUGACGCUUUGCAGCAGACCUUCAUGCUGAUGGAUGAAAAAUGGAUGGUGUGUUGCUCAUCCAUCAAACAAACACACACCAUCACAGACACCUUUUGUACAAACCAACUCAGCAAUGGAACUAAAUGAAUAUAUCAGCAUCUGAACACGACUGUAGCACAGCAAUGUGACAGAAGGAUUGGUAGAGCUGCAGCCCCGCCCUUGGUUCUGUCCCAGAAUGCUGAGCCCGGUUCUCUGUUCAGAUCUCGCAGCCUUGGAGCCAGAGUACACCGAGGCUGAUGUCAUCUCUACGGUGGAGUUCAACCAGACCGGAGAGUUCUUGGCCACGGGUGAUAAGGGUGGGAGGGUUGUCAUCUUUCAGAGAGAACCACAGGGCGAAUAUAAUGUUUAUAGUACAUUUCAGAGUCAUGAGCCUGAGUUCGAUUACCUGAAAAGUUUGGAGAUUGAGGAGAAAAUCAAUAAGAUUCGCUGGCUGCCUCCACAUAACCCCGCCCACUUCCUCCUCACCACCAAUGACAAGACCAUAAAGCUGUGGAAGGUGAGUGAGAGAGACAAGCGAGCAGAAGGCUAUAACCUGAGAGAUGAGGAGGGCAGACUGAAGGAUCUCUCUACAAUCACCACUCUACAGGUCCCUGUCCUGCGGCCGAUGGAUCUCCUGGUAGAGGCGUCCCCACGGCGUGUUUUUGCUAACGCACAUGCAUAUCACAUCAACUCCAUCAGUGUCAACAGCGACUGUGAGACGUACCUGUCUGCCGACGACCUGAGAAUUAACCUGUGGCAUCUCAACAUCACUGACCGCAGCUUCAAUAUUGUAGAUCUGAAGCCGGAAAACAUGGAAGACCUCAGCGAGGUGAUCACGGUGGCCGAGUUUCAUCCUCACCAUUGCCACCUGCUGGCCUUCAGCAGCAGCACAGGAACGACACGCCUCUGUGACAUGAGGGCCCGCGCACUCUGUGACCAACAUGCCAAACUGUUUGAAGAGGCAGUGGAUCCAUCCCGCCGAUCGUUCUUCUCAGAGAUCGUUUCCUCAGUGUCGGAUGUGAAGUUCAGUCAUAGCGGCCGCUACCUGCUUACUAGAGAUUACCUCACCGUUAAAGUCUGGGACCUCAACAUGGAAAAUAAACCAGUGGAAACAUACCAGGUCCACGACUACUUGCGAACCAAAUUGUGCUCUUUGUAUGAAAGCGACUGUAUAUUUGACAAGUUUGAAUGUGCCUGGAACGGAACGGACAGCGUGAUCAUGACAGGCGCCUACAACAACUACUUCCGAAUGUUCGACCGGGCGAGUCGGCGUGACGUGACUCUGGAGGCCAGUCGGGAGAUGUGUAAGCGGCGGGCGGUCCUGCAGCCGCGGCGCGUGUGCGUGGGGAAGAAACGGAAAGAGACGGACGUCAGCGUGGACAGUCUAGACUUCAGGAAGAAAAUUCUUCAUACCGCCUGGCAUCCCAAAGAAAACAUCAUCGCCAUCGCGGCCAGCAACAACCUAUACAUUUUCCAGGACAGACUGACGCCCAGCGGACAUCACAACACGCCGGAAAUACAAAGCGCGCCUCCCAAGUAGCAGACGCCACAUGCUAAAUUCAGUUCAUUUCUUGCCCUUAUGAUCACAUUCGGUGUUGCCAGCAUCAGGACAAUCUCAAGAACUGUUAUGAACAUAUAUAACCCCCAAAAUUGAAUUAUAACUGUGGUCCUGAACGAGAAUGUAUCGCUCCGAUUCAGUGCUAUCGCAUGGCAUGCAGUAUGAACACUCGGGUUAGAUAAUUUUCAGCUACCCUGACACCUUUGGAUCGCACAUGCAUGUUUACAAAGCUGUUUGCUCAUGAACAGGGCUUAUUUAACAAUGACGAUUGUAAACGAAUCAGAGCCUUUUCGACGCUUUUUAACGCUCUGUUGUGCUUGUGUAGAUUCAGUGUCCGUUCGUUCUUCUCAGGCUCGAGUUUUCUUCAGUUUUCUUUGGUUUGACAAACUGCUCAGGGACUCUCUAAGGCCUCUUCUUAUGUUCAAUGGCAAAAUGCACCAAAACGAAAUCCAGAACAAGCAGAGGACAGGAUGCAGGAAUUAUUGAGGUCUGCUGAGAGACAUUGCUGGAAGGAAAACAGCAUGUGCAGGGAUCAGUUUCAAUGCUGAGUCAUCACCUCCCCCAGCUCAAUGUGUAGAGAAUAUUCCCAGUUCAAUGCUUUUGACCACGUACUUACAGGCGCUUGCUAGCUAGUGCACUGGUUUGAUGAUUUUUUUCUAGCGUGUUAAAGAAAUGGCUUGGGCAAAAAUAAAUUUCCCACUCUCAUGUCGUUCCAAAUCUAGUUGAUUUUCGUCCUGUGGAACAAAAAAGGAGAAAUUUAGUGAAAUGUUCGUGCUGCUCUUUUCCACACAAUGAAAUCAUACGGUAUCUUUAGUAUAAAGACUGCUCAAAGGAGUAGUUUACUUCCAGAACAAAGAUUUACAGAUAAUGUACUCACCCCAUUGUCAUCCAAGAUGUUUAUGUCUUUCUUUCUUCAGUCGUAAAGAAUUUAUGUUUUUUGAGGAAAACAUUUCAGGAUUUUUCUCCAUAUAGUGGACUUCUAUGGUGCCCGUGAGUUUGAACGUCCAAAAUGCAGUUUAAAUGCAGCUU